CUCAUCUGUACAGCACCUCCAAAAAGCACCUCAACCGAUCGUCUGAUGUCACAGCAGAGAGAUAUGAAGGGCUCAGCUAAACCAACUCAAUACAUUCCUAAAUGCCCACCUCAAGAGCAAACUAAAACUCCAUCUCAGUGCAUUCCUAAAUGCCCACCUCAGGACCAAACUAAACCACCAUCUCAGUGCAUUCCUAAAUGCCCACCUCAGGACCAAAUUAAACCACCAUCUCAGUGCAUUCCUAAAUGCCCACCUCAGGACCAAAUUAAACCUUCAUCUCAGUGCAUUCCUAAAUGCCCACCUCAGGACCAAAUUAAACCACCAUCUCAGUGCAUUCCUAAAUGCCCACCUCAGGACCAAAUUAAACCACCAUCUCAGUGCAUUCCUAAAUGCCCACCUCAGGACCAAAUUAAACCACCAUCUCAGUGCAUUCCUAAAUGCCCACCGCAGGACCAAACUAAACCUCCAUCUCAGUGCAUUCCGAAAUGCCUACCUCAGGACCAAACUAAACCUUCAUCUCAGUGCAUUCCUAAAUGCCCACCUCAGGACCAAAUUAAACCACCAUCUCAGUGCAUUCCUAAAUGCCCACCUCAGGAACAAACUAAACCUCCAUCUCAGUGCAUUCCCAAAUGCCCACCUCAGGACCAAAUUAAACCACCAUCUCAGUGCAGUCCCAAAUGCCCACCUCAGGAACAAACUAAGGCUCCAUCUCAAGGCCCUAAAUGGUGAAACUGGAAAGGAAUAUUUCAGUAAUUUCAGAGCUAUCUUUGUAUCCUCUUUAGGAUACGAAACCUAAACUCAAAUUAAUAACAUAUGUUAAAUAUCUUUGCUUUAUUGGACAUGCAUGUAAAUGGUGGUGGGAGUUGGAGCUGUAAGUCGGCACAAACAUGUGCUUGACCUCUAUGAUCAACUUAUUGAAAAUCAUAAACAGAAAUGAUUAAUAAAACACUGUAGCACUUUAAACUAAUAAAGCUUCCUCAAUAAAACUUUCA